UUUCAGCGACGUCCGAUCUACAGCCAGCCUAACGAAGCAGCCGUUGUAGGCCGAGUCAAGGAAGCGCACCAGUGUUUAGAAUCAGGGGAACAUGACGAUUUCAAGCAAGAUAUUGAGUACAUUUUGAGCACAAUGAAGGGAAAAGCACCAGUUAACAUCAAAUGUCUGAGCGCGUUGUCAUUGGCGAGGAAAUGCAUAUCAUCUGAAUUCCGGCAGUUCCUUCGCAGUGAAGGUCUUGUGUCAAAUGUGUUCAAAGGCAUGGCAGAGGCUGCGAGUGACCAGAAUCUUGCACUUUGCGCAGCUACUGUGAUUUAUCUUAUGUCUCGCGACUUCAUUUCGGUGCAAGUUGAUGCGCAGUCGCUUCGGUUAUUCUCGCAACUUCUUCGCAUAGAGAAAAUGGAGCAAAACGAAGAGCAGAAAAAGUUUGCGUCAAUGGUGUGGGAAGUCUUCACCUCUUACAUUGAACGAAUGGAAUCGGCUGGAAAGAAGAUUGUAUUUGAUCUCACGAUGGAACAGCUAUCGCCGUCAUCACUCGUAUUGGAGGCCUUAGUGUUUGUCCUUGCUCGGUGUACCGAUGAAAAUUUAAAAACUGAGUUGCUCAAUUUGGGAAUUCUGCAAUGGAUUGUAGGAAAAGUUGAAAAGAUAGUCCUGAGACUUUUGCACGAUAAGUUGAGCGAAGACGAAACAAUUCAGCAGCUUGUGGUGCUGGAGAGAUGUUUCAGGAUUCUAGAAUCCGUAAGUGGUUUUGAACUGGUCUACCUGGUGAAGAAGGUCCCAAAUGGUACUUUUCAGAGCACCGUGUAUCACAAGAAAAACCAAGCCUUCCUCAUUUCACAUCGUGGAAGUUUACUGAUACAAAUGUGUGGGAAGUUAAUGACCAUUAUUCAUGAUACAAUUAGUAAUUGUGCUGUUGGGUCACAAUUGGCUCGUUCUCAUAUUGCUUGUCUCUCACUGAUGGCUCGAGUUCUUAUGAACCUUUCUCAUGAAAAUGAACUAUGUUGUACAAAACUAGGGCAGGUUCCGGGUUUUCUGCCACUUUGUCUCUCGUCAUACACAUUUCUUGCACCUAAAUUUGCACCGGAAGAUAAGAAAUUCGACCUAUAUGUGAUGAUGACCUCGCUAUGUGUCAACUUGGUAGAAAGAUGUAAUUCGAAUAGGAGGAAACUUAUAGAAACAACUGUUAAAGUUCAUGCGGAAAAUGGAGAAGAUACCGAGCAUAAAGCACUUGAUGCGCUUGCAAUUCUGUUCACGGUCCAUGAGGCGAAAGCACGGAAUAUUGAUGAAGACUUGGAUAAGGACUUGGCGUUUGAAGAACCCGCCGAUGAGGAUAAUAAUGACGAUGAUGAGGAAUGUAGGGAUGAUGGACGAUUAGACCGAGCAAAAUUGAACGAAAUGAACGAGAGCGAGAUGUUGCAGGCAGUACAAGAUGCAAUGAGCAAGGCAUCUGCCCACAUGGAGGACAGUGUCGUCGCUUCUUAUGUCGCCCUUUUGAUCGGUUGUUUACUGCAACAAAAUGAGGGUCACGCUGCAAUUGUGCGAUCACAUCUCCAGGGUGGCUCGUUUGCUACAAUGAUUGACCAAUUACAGCGUUUCUUGGAUUUCAUGAAAAUAGCGAGCAAGAAGGCUGGCGGCUGCCGAUCGAUAGAGCGUAUUAUCGAUUUAUUGGAUAGGUUGAAUUAA